AUGCAGAUGUCGCAUCCCGAUGGAAGUGAGGAAUCGAUGGUCCACAACGUCUCGGGACAGUUUGUGCGCCAGACGCCCGCGAACUUCGAGGGCGUGGGCGCCAGGCCAGCAGCCGCGCACGCGGGCCAGCUGCCGUACGGUGAUCAGCGCCCUGCGGGCAUUGGUGCGCAGCGCCACAUUCUCGGCAAUGCUGAUCAAGGCUUGAGAGGGCACACGGACACAGCGACAGCGACGCUCGCCUCGUGGAAGAAGCCAGAGACCUUCGGCCACCAAAUGGGCGGUCGCACGGGGCCCAGCGGCACAGGGCUUCCGGUUGCAAAUGCGCAGGAGGUGGCACAAGAAACCGCACUCGUGCCCAGUGGCCGGGCGGGUGGGCGGCAGAUUCAGGCGGCAGCGCUUCCACCUGGCUUUCCUGCGUCUACGGAAUACGCACCCGUCGGUUUGAAUGUCGCUGCCGCUGCAGCAGCUCCUGGCGGCUCUGUGGCCGGAUCAGGCAGGAGAACAACGCUUCAAAGCCUCCUGGACGACAUCAAUGUUGAAGGGCUUACAGAAGGAAUGCAAAACUUGGGCUUCCAAAACCAGAU